UGCCUUCGACGACAACCACGACAAUGACACUUCCAAGUCGGACGAGCCCUUUCUUGUCAUGGACCUGGAGGCGGUCCAGCGCCAAGUUUUUCCGACCAUCCCGUCCCAGAUUGGACAUCCUGCUCCCGAGACCUUAUUCAACAUCAACGUGGACGGGCUCCGCGUCAGAACGCGCUAACCAGUUUAGAAAGGUCGCAAUAGUCUCGUUUGCACUAGGUGUUUUGGGUUGCUAUGCAUUGCAGAAAGGCGUUAGCAGAAGGGCGGAUACUGGCGAUACACACAUUGUUUCCUCCGUCCACACUUCGGGACCUGCGGUUACGGAUUCAGAUUUGAGUUCCUCAUUGAACGCAUCGAAUGUGCCUAGCGAGUGCAAAUCGUUUACAUACGGCACGCCUCAAGACAUCAAGAAAGCAAUCGAAGAGCUGCGACAAACCUUCCCCCAAUCUCGUGUCAGCACUGAUCCUGACGUGCUCCACUUACAUGGGUCCUCGGAGAAUUCCUACCACCCAUCCUCCCCACACUCGGUCGUGGUACAAGCGAGCAGUACAGAGGACGUUGUCAAAGUCGUUAACAUUUCGCGCAAGUACAGAGUACCUAUUAUUCCGUACAGUGGUGCCACGAGCCUGGAGGGUCAUUUCAAUGGACAUUCCUCGGGUAGUAUAUGCCUCGACAUGUCGACAAUGGAUAAAAUACUUGAGAUUAACGAGGCCGACGGGGAUUUAACGUGUCAGGCUGGGGCUCGGUGGGAGGACAUAAACAGCACGCUUACAGAAAAGGGUAUCCCGCUGUUCUUUCCGCUCGAUCCCGGUCCUGGUGCUACCAUAGGCGGCAUGGUUGGGACCGGCUGUUCUGGGACGAAUGCUGUCAGAUAUGGAACCGCGAAGGCGGAAUGGUUCCUCAAUCUCACCGUCGUCCUUCCUUCUGGGAAAGUCAUCAAAACACGCAGAAGGGCUCGCAAGUCCGCGGCUGGAUUUGACACCACUAAACUCUUCAUAGGCGCAGAAGGGACAUUGGGAAUUAUUACCGAAGCUACCCUGCGCCUCACAACUCGAGUCCCGACGAAAGUUGCAAUGGCACAGUUCCCCAACGUGGAGAUGGCGGUCAACGCCGUAAAUGAUAUAUUAAAAACACCCUACGGUCCUCAUAUACAGUGUGCUGAGCUUCUCGAUGAUAACAUGAUGUCUGCCAUCAAUGCCGCGGGUCUCGUUGAUCGUCCCUACCUUGUACAGGAUACUCUAUUCUUUAAGCUUCAGGGAUCCCCUGAAUCCAUCAUGGAGACCUCUAGAGCUGUUCAAGAAAUAGCAAACAAGUAUGGGAGCAGCCGCUUUGAGUUUGCAUCGACGGACGAAGAAGCCGAGGAGAUUUGGCAGAAUAGGAAGUAUGCAUUGAUGUCGACUUUGGGUGCGCAUCCCGGUACCAAGUGUUGGACCACGGACGUAUGCGUGCCGACGUCCAAGCUUCCACAGUUGGUCUAUGAGACGAAAGCGGAUCUAGCGAAGGCUGGCCUCAAGUAUACCAUUGUGGGCCAUGUUGGGGACGGAAACUUUCACGCCCUUAUUGUUUUCUCAGACGAGAAAGAGCUAGAGGUAGUGAAUGCAGCGGUCCACAGAUUGGUCCAUCGUGCGAUUGCCAUGGACGGUACUUGCAGCGGUGAACAUGGCGUCGGGAUUGGGAAAACUGAGUACCUUGUAGAAGAGCUAGGGGAAGGCACGGUUGAACUGAUGAAAACGGUAAAACGUGCGGUGGAUCCGCUCAACCUCCUCAAUCCGGGAAAGCUGUACCCGUAGAACCAUCCAAACCACAGACGUCACGACUCUUGAGCUUCCACCGAAGCUGGGUCGUGGCCCCGUGGGUUAUUCCCAGCCGAUUUGGUUACAUUCAUGUGUGUUAUCAGUGUAUCUGACAGGGUCCGUUCAUACGAUAAAAGGGUAGCUUGCAGAUGGUGUCCGUUCGCAAUAAUGACUCUGGGCGUCCCAAGUCAUAAUAAUAGGUCUAGUGUUGACUCGAAUC